UUUGGUCAAGAAAAAUAUUGCGAUAAAUAUUUGCAUUUUAAAAAUAUCAUAAAAAUAAAAAUUUCCACCCCAAGGCCAGCUGCCGCUUCCCGCGCAUUUUCUCAGCCCAGCAACACCAUCCAGACAACGUGGAACUCCCGCAGAACCAGAGACCGGCAAUAUUUCCAUUUUUCGGUAAACAAAAAUUGUGCAAAUCCAAGUUAAAAUGCCGCGCAGAAAGGUCCUCACGAACAACAACAAUGACGGCGAGUCGCAGGAUCAGCCGCCGAAGGCUAAACGCGCCAGGAUCGUCUUUCAUCUGGAGCUGCCCAAGCGUCGGACCAUUGUGGGUAACGUGCUGGUCUGCGGCAAUGGAGAUGUGGGCCAACUUGGUCUCGGUGAGGAUAUCCUGGAGCGCAAGCGACUCAGCCCCGUGGCGGGAAUCCCAGAUCCAGUGGACAUCUGUGCGGGAGGCAUGCACAAUCUGGUUCUAACCAAAACGGGUGACAUCUACUCUUUUGGGUGCAACGAUGAGGGCGCUCUGGGUCGCGACACCAGCGAGGAUGGCAGCGAGGCCAAACCAGGAAUCAUCGAGCUGCCCGGCAAGGCUCUGUGCAUUUCGGCGGGAGAUUCCCACUCCGCUUGUCUGCUGGAGGAUGGACGCGUCUUUGCCUGGGGCUCCUUCCGGGACUCGCAUGGCAACAUGGGCCUCACCAUUGACGGUAACAAGCGUACGCCCAUCGACCUGAUGGAGGGCACCGUCUGCUGCAGCAUCGCCUCUGGCGCCGAUCACCUGGUCAUCCUGACCACCGCUGGAAAAGUGUUCACAGUGGGCUGUGCCGAACAGGGUCAGCUGGGCCGGCUUUCGGAACGCUCCAUCUCCGGAGAGGGUCGUCGUGGCAAGCGCGACUUGCUGCGGCCCACCCAGCUCAUCAUCACGCGGGCCAAACCCUUCGAGGCCAUCUGGGCCACCAACUACUGCACAUUCAUGCGCGAAUCGCAGACGCAGGUCACCUGGGCCACCGGGCUGAACAACUUUAAGCAGCUGUCUCACGAGACGAAGGGCAGGGAGUUCGCAGUGGUGCCCAUCAGGACAGAGCUCAAGGAUGUCCGACAGAUUGUCGGCGGUCAGCAUCACACCCUUGUCCUGUCCACGGACCUCAAGUGCUCGGUGGUCGGUCGUCCGGAAUACGGUCGUCUGGGUCUGGGCGAUGUCAAGGAUGUCGUGGAGAAGCCAACGCUUGUAAAGAAGCUGACCGACAAGAUUGAGGCCGUCGGCUGCGGCGAGGUCUGUUCCUAUGCCAUUUCUGAGGAUGGCAAACUGUAUUCCUGGGGCUCCGGCGUCAACAACCAACUGGGCGUCGGCGAUGGCGACGAUGAGCUCGAGCCCGUCGUGGUUAUCAGCAAGAACACGCAGAACAAAAAGAUGCUGCUCGCAUGCGGCGGUGGUCAGCAUGCCAUCUUCCUGGCCGAGGCGGACAAGCAAGAGCAGAAGGAGAACAUACCGGACAAAUCGAGCACCAGCGGCAAUAAAAAGGACAAGACGCCACCGGAGAAUGAUGCCGAUAAGGAGCCUGCUCCGGGUUCCCCUCCCAAGAAGGCGAAGUCUGCAGCCAGCAGCACCAGUAAAAAGGAAAAGGCAUCGCCGCAGAACGAGGUCGUCGAAGAGCCCAAAAAGGAGCCGUCUCCUUCGCCCAAAAAGGCUGGGAAGGCCAAGAAGCCAGCUGCCAAGCGAGGCGCAAAAAAGACAUAGGAUUAACAACAAAACGCUGACUUUCCCAUUUUGUUUUCGGUCGCAUUUAGUUACAAAACCCUUACGCUUACCUUAUGGUUAAGGAAUUUUUGCUCAUUGUUCAGAUUCGUAAGAUAAUUCGAAAGUUUUUCUUGUAUAUGCUAAGAUUUACGAACUGAAUCCUGUUAAGUUCUUAUUAUUUGAUAAAUAGAUGUCCGCUCAUAUCUUACUAGUCUGUCUGACGAUGAAAACUCCUUUAUAACUCCUUUAUCUAAAUCUUUAUUAAUUCACACUCGUUUAAAAUACGAAACCGUAGUAAAUUUGUAUUUAAACGCAAAAUGAAACUGAGAUUUAUUUACAAACUAAUCAACUUUAAUCCGACAUAAUGCUAUCGGGUAUUUGUUUAUAUAAAUUACAAAAGACAUAUCCUGUU